AAGGGGAUCUGUAAGAAAGAAGGGGGCAGACUCUUUAGUAGGGUCUGAUAGGACAAGGGGAAAUGGAUUUUGAAAACUAAAAGAGGGGAGACUUAGACUGGAUAUAAGGAGGAAGUUUUUUACAGUCAGGGUGGUAAGAGAGUGGAGCAGGUUGCCUGGAGAGGAGGUAGAUGCCCCAUCCCUGGAGACGUCCAGGCUCAGGCUGGUUGGGCAUCUGAGCACCCUGAUCUAGCUAUAGGUGUCCUUGUUCAUCUCAGGGAGUUGGACUAGAUGGCCUUUAAGGGUCCCUUCCAACUCAAACGAUUCUAAUGCUUUUAAAAGCGUAUGUUAGUAGGUUGUAUAAGGCACCUGCUGGGAAGAUUCCAGCCUGUGCAGGUGGGCAUCCUGGCACCUACAAUAGGCCCUCAGCAGUCCAAGAAUAAGAGGGGAGAGUUCAUUCCGAAGGUUAAUGUUAAACAACAGUAAUAAUGUCCAUGUGACUUCAAAAAAAAAAAAAAAAAAAACCCUAUGAUCCUUUUUCUUUUUUAUUAGAUCAAGGCCUUGCAAUCUGUUUUGUUGAGGAAUGUGCACAUGGUGACAUGCUUAACUCCUUUGGUCUUACUGUAGUCUUUGUUUUUAGGUGACAAAUGCUUAUUAGUUAUGGCCUUUUUACACAGAUUAAUUACAUUUCUUUCUAAAACCUUGAAAGUUUAAAAACAAAAAUGAAAGAGAGUUGGUAAGGUGUGUUCAGCCCUCUUGUUAAUGCUAAUGUUUUGAUACUCAAGGAAAUAAUUUCUUCUCAUGUUGGAGGAGGUAGGGAAGAUUAUGGUUAGAGGUUGGUUCCACAUGUGGUCAAAGCACUCUACAAUUUUUCAUUUUUAAUAUGACUUCAGUCAUAAUGUUUGCAAGGGGUGAUACUGGCCAAGGAGUAAGAACAUGGAUAAAACAAAUUUUGAAUCAAGACAUGGCUUUCCAACAUAUAAAAGUAAUUUAUCCAACGGCUCCUGCCAGGCCUUAUACACCUAUGAAGGGAGCCAUUUCCACUGUGUGGUUUGACAGAUAUAAAAUAUCUAAUGACUGUCCAGAACACAUUGAGAGUAUUGACUCUAUGUGCCAAGGACUUACAGAUGUGAUUAAUGAUGAGAUAAAAAAUGGCAUCACAAAGGACAAGAUACUAAUAGGAGGCUUUUCAAUGGGAGGUGGAAUGGCAAUGCAUUUAGCAUAUAGGUUUCAUCGAGAUCUUGCAGGAGUCUUCGCUCUGUCAAGUUUUCUCAAUAAAGAUUCUGCUGUUUAUGAGGCUUUGAAAGGAAAUGAAAGUGUCCUUCCAGAAUUAUUUCAGUGUCACGGAACUGCUGAUCAACUAGUUCUUUAUUCUUGGGGUGAAGAAACCAAUAAGGUGUUAAAAUCACUGGGAGUAUCAGCAUCUCUUCAUACUUUUCCAAACCUCAGUCAUGAGUUAAAUAGAACUGUAAUAGAAGACCUGAAAACCUGGAUUCUGAAGAAAUUGCCUGUUGAAGCAGGAAAGUCAAAUGAAUAAAAGAUACAGUUUUCAUAGA